AUGGAGCAGAUACUGGCUGAAGCCGCUCAAUCAGGAGACAUAAACGCUUUAUAUCAUGUACUCCGGGAGGAUCCAACCCUUUUGGAUAAAUAUGAUGAACCAUCAUUUGUGGAUACGCCUGCACACAUAGCAGCAGCUGCUGGCUCCACCCACUUUGCCGUUGAAGUCUUAAGGUUAAAGCCAUCAUUCCGCGCGAAGCUCAACCCGGACGGGUAUAGUCCACUGGACUUGGCACUUCGAAGAGGAAAAAAUAGAACAGUAAAAUGGCUCAUUAAGCAUGAUCCUGAGCUCAUUCGCGUCAAAGGAAGAGAGGGGUUUACGCCUUUGCACUAUGUAGCUGAAGUGGGUGAUGCUGAGCUUUUGGCCGAUCUUCUAGUCGCCUGUCCGCAAUCCAUUCAAGAUUUGACAAUUCGAGGAGAAACGGCUGUUCAUAUUGCUGUGAGAAAUAAAAAUGUCAGGGCUUUGCAGGUGCUUUUAGGUUGGCUCAAGAGAGGAAAUAUUAAUGGACAGAUCCUGAACUGGAAAGAUGAGAAUGGAGAGACAGCCUUGCAUAUUGCAGCCUCUACAAAUAAUUUUGAGGCUGUAAAGUUCUUGAUGAACGAAGUGAAAAUAAAUGAACAGAACUUCGAAGGAUUAACAUGCCUCGAUACUUUUAUGGGGCUCGCAAUCACAGGAGAUGAGAGAAUUGCUAAAGCUUUACGCUGUGCAGGUGCUAAAAGAUCGUCGUCUCUACGUCCAGCUAAAACCUUCGCUGAUAUUUUGAGUUCAAAGGAACCAUUCACCAGAAAAGUUUUCAGGCAAAUGGUUGAACUUGAUGCUAGUAUAGAUGGCUUGUCAAGUGAGAUGCGAAAUGCCCUUCUUGUGGUAGCUGUAUUAUUUCUGACUGCUGCCUAUGAAGCUGUACUAACCCCUCCGGGUGGAACUUCAUCAGGAGGUAACAGUGAAUGUUUCUGCAUAUUUUGUAGCCUAAAUGAGCAUGUUCAGCUUUCAUUGUUGUACAAGUCGUACUCUUCGUCUUCCUUAAUGUUUCAACUACCAAAUUUUCAUCUGUUUUUCAAUGAUUUCGUGAGGAAGAUGCACAGGAAUUCCUCGAAUGUUUUUCUGAUUAAGCUUGAAGAGCAUUGUGCUAAUUUUGAGAGUGCUUAUGUUUGGGAUACUUCACCAAAAUCUGUAGCAGAUGUGGUCGAUGUCUACAGAUCAUCUCCACUUGAUCAUCAGUCAGAUGUUGAUACUUUAGUGGAAGCUCACCAACCAAACUCUCCUUCUGUACUCGAUAAUUCUACUGAUGUGCCUCGACGUGGAGACGAAAAAUCUGUUCUACUUCCGGUCUAG